GCGCUUCGGCCUGAGCCGCGCACGUCCUGGCCCGCCGCCCCCCAGCCGGUGUCCUCGGCCCGCGCGCGCCAUGGAGCCCGGCCGCGGUGGCACAGAGACCGUGGGCAAGUUCGAGUUCUCGCGCAAGGACCUGAUCGGACACGGCGCCUUCGCUGUGGUCUUCAAGGGCCGCCACCGCGAGAAGCAUGAUCUGGAGGUCGCGGUCAAGUGCAUUAAUAAGAAGAACCUCGCCAAGUCCCAGACGCUGCUGGGGAAGGAAAUUAAGAUCCUCAAGGAACUGAAACAUGAAAACAUUGUUGCGUUGUAUGACUUCCAGGAAAUGGCCAAUUCUGUUUACCUGGUUAUGGAGUAUUGCAACGGUGGGGACUUGGCUGAUUACCUGCACACCAUGCGGACGCUGAGUGAGGACACCAUCAGGCUCUUCCUGCAGCAGAUUGCUGGUGCCAUGCGGCUUCUACACAGCAAGGGCAUCAUCCACCGUGACCUGAAGCCCCAGAACAUCCUGCUGUCCAACCCUGGUGGGCGCCGGGCCAACCCCAAUAACAUCCGUGUCAAGAUCGCUGACUUUGGGUUUGCCCGGUAUCUCCAGAGCAACAUGAUGGCAGCCACGCUCUGCGGCUCCCCCAUGUACAUGGCUCCUGAGGUCAUCAUGUCCCAACACUAUGAUGGGAAGGCAGACCUGUGGAGCAUCGGUACUAUUGUCUACCAGUGCCUGACAGGGAAGGCACCCUUCCAGGCCAGCAGCCCUCAGGACCUCCGCCUGUUCUAUGAGAAGAACAAGACACUGAUCCCCACUAUCCCACGGGAGACAUCGGCCCCCCUAAGGCAGCUGCUGCUGGCUCUGCUCCAGCGCAACCACAAAGACCGCAUGGACUUCGAUGAGUUUUUCCAUCACCCUUUCCUCGAGGCCAGCCCAUCAGUCAAGAAGUCCCCACCUGUACCUGUGCCCUCCUACCCGAGCUCGGGGUCUGGCAGCAGUUCCAGCAGCAGCUCCACCUCCCACCUGGCCUCCCCACCGUCCUUGGGGGAGAUGCAGCAGCUGCAGAAGACCCUGACCUCCCCCGCUGAUGCCACUGGCUUCCUGCAUGGCUCCCGGGACUCAGGUGGCAGCAAGGACUCCUCCUGCGACACGGAUGACUUUGUCAUUGUCCCAGCCCACUUUCCAGCUGACUUGGUGGCCGAGGUGGCUGGUGCCAAGCCCCCGCCGGACAGUCUGAUGUGCAGCGGGAGCUCACUGGUGGCCUCUGCUGGCCUGGAGAGCCACGGCCGGACCCCAUCUCCAUCCCCACCCUGCAGCAGCUCUCCCAGCCCUUCAGGCCGGGCUGGUCCAUUCUCCAGCAGCAGGUAUGGUGCCUCUGUGCCCAUUCCAGUGCCUACUCAGGUGCAGAACUACCAGCGCAUUGAACAGAACCUGCAGUCACCCACCCAGUACCAGACACCCCGGUCCUCUGCCAUCCGUAGGUCCGGCAGCACCAGCCCCCUGGGCUUUAUGCGAGCCAGCCCGUCGCCUCCAGCCCCCACAGAGCAUGGAGCUGUCCUGGCAAGGAAAUUGUCCUUGGGCGGGGGCCGGCCCUACACACCAUCUCCACAAGUUGGGACCAUCCCUGAGCGGCCAGGUUGGAACAGGGCGCCCUCCCCACAAGGAGCCGAGAUGCGGCCUGGCAGGUCCCCUCGUCCAGGCUCCUCUGUGCCUGAGCACUCUCCCCGCUCCUCUGGACUCGGCAGCCGCCUGCAUAGCGCCCCCAACCUGUCCGACCUGCACGUUGUCCGCCCCAAGCUGCCCAAGCCCCCCACAGACCCUCUGGGCGCUAUGCUCAGCACCCCACAGGCCAGCCCUCCCCAGCCACCCCAUGGGCUGCCAUCCUGCCGGACCCUGCGCGGCUCUCCCAAGCUGCCAGACUUCCUGCAGAGGAACCCCCUGCCCCCCAUCCUGGGCUCCCCGACCAAGGCUGUGCCCGCGGUUGACUUCCCCAAGACACCUAGCUCCCAGAAUCUGCUGACCCUCCUGGCUCGGCAGGGUGUGGUGGUGACACCCCCAAGGAACCGGACUCUGCCUGACCUCUCAGAGAUGGGGCCUUUCCAGGGACAGCAGCUGGGCCCGGGCCUGCGGCCUAGUGAGGAUACCAAAGGCCCAUUUGGCCGGUCCUUUAGCACCAGCCGCCUCACCGACUUACUCCUGAAGGCUGCAUUUGGGACACAGGCCCCAGACUCCGGCAGCACUGACAGCCUUCAGGAGAAGCCCAUGGAGAUAGCGCCCUCUGCUGGCUUUGGAGGGAGCCUGCACCCGGGAGCCCGUGCAGGGGGCGCCAGCAGCCCCUCUCCCGUGGUCUUCACGGUGGGCUCCCCCCCAAGUGGGACCACACCGCCCCAGGGCCCCCGCACCAGAAUGUUCUCAGUGGGCUCUUCGAGUUCCUCCUCUGCUCGCCACCUGGUGCCUGGGGCCUGCAGCGAGGCCACUCCUGAGCUCCCUAGCCACUGCUGCACUUUUGCUGACCCCAUCGCCGCCAACCUGGAAGGGGCUGUAACCUUUGAGGCCCCUGACCUCCCUGAAGAGACCCUCAUGGAGCAAGAGCACACGGAGACCCUGCACAGCCUGCGCUGCACGCUCCUGUUCGCACAGCAUGUCCUGGAGAUCGCAGCCCUGAAGGGCAGUGCUGGCGAGGCAGCUGGAGACCCUGACUACCAGCUUCAGGAGAGCGUGGUGGCCGACCAGAUCAGCCUACUGAGCCGCGAAUGGGGCUUUGCAGAGCAGCUUGUGCUGUAUCUGAAGGUGGCCGAGUUGCUGUCCUCAGGCCUACAGACUGCCAUUGACCAGAUUCGAGCUGGCAAGCUCUGCCUGUCAUCCACUGUGAAGCAGGUGGUGCGCAGGCUGAACGAGUUGUACAAGGCCAGCGUGGUGUCCUGCCAGGGCCUGAGCCUGCGGCUACAACGCUUUUUCCUGGACAAGCAACGGCUCCUGGACCGCGUCCACAGCAUCACUGCUGAGAAGCUCAUCUUUAGCCAUGCUGUGCAGAUGGUGCAGUCAGCUGCCCUGGAUGAGAUGUUCCAGCACCGUGAGGGCUGUGUGCCACGCUACCACAAGGCCCUGCUGCUUCUGGAGGGGCUGCAGCACAUGCUCUCAGAUCAGGCGGACAUUGAGAAUGUGGCCAAGUGCAAACUUUGCAUUGAGCGGAGACUCUCGGCCCUGCUGACCGGCAUCUGUGCCUGACCUCAGAGCCUGGCCUGCUGUGCCCAGGGGUUGGAUGUCCUCUGCCAAGCCCUGGGGGUGGGUUAGCAUGCUGGCCGGACUGAGCAGGACACUGAGUGGAGCCGCACAGCUGGGGGUCUCCACCUCCUGGGCUACCAUUUGGGGCAGGGACUGCAGGACACUGGGCUAGCUGCCUGCCCUGCAGGUAGGAAUCUCAGAACUUAUCUCUCUAGCUGCCCAACUGCAGGCUCAGUGCCCAGAGGUGGCAGGUGUGUAUGGGCAUCCACCACUGGGAGCCCCCAGGGAGCCCUCAGGACAAGCAAGUCCUCCAGACAGCGUUGCUGACUUGAAGCCAAAGCAAGAUUUUCCUCACGGCCAGACCUGCACAGUCACCCUGCCCUGGAAGAGGGGUGCAGCCUCCUGGCUUCCCACCUCCCCAGGAACCUCUCCGAGGCACCUACCCAGCUUUGUAAAUCACCCGAGCACUUUAUGCAGUUUGAGAUUUGGGAACCUCGGCUUCCUCUCAGACUGCCAGGAGAUGGUUCCUGGUGGCUGUCCCAAGGCAUUUGUACAUAUCCACACACGUACUCAAUGGCACCCUGAGCGUGUGUGGGCGUGUGCGGGGAAUACUGGCAUGUCCAACCCCUGUGUCUGGACCUUAGAAAGAAAGCAGGCUCCACCGUGCAUGGGGCCACCACCCAGAGGGGAGACACGGUCCUCUUGUUCAGAUGUUCUUUUAGGGACAGACAGCUGGAAGCACCAUGCUUCUAAACCCAAAAUAGACAUCAUAAUUUUUCACACUUUAUUCCUAAAAUGUGUCUUACUUUUAUGCAGCUCAUUUUUUCUUUAAAGGAAAAAACUUGUGGGUGUUUCAGAAAUAAUUUUGGGAGAGUGGGGCCUGGGCUAGGCCAGGCUGGAGGCAGAUGGCUCUGAGGCAGGUGAUGAGACUGUUGUCUGGGUAGUUGCUGUGUGUGCCUGCAUCUGGCUCUGUCUCCCAGUCCUGCCCUGUUUCAGCAGCUGGGUAGGCACGUGCAACAGCCACCCCACCUGAGCACGGGACAGGCAAGGACAAGCACACGUGCAGCAGGGAAUCUCACCAUGCAAGAGCCCCAGCUGCCGUUCCCGGUUGGUCUUGGUGUCUAAGCUGCACCUUGGCAAGUGGGCAUAGUGUGGGUCUGGUUCCUCCCAGCCAUGUCCCAGCAGCUGCCACGGGUCCAGAGAAGACUGCCCUCUGGGUUCUGGGGGGGCCUGCAUCCACUUGAAUGUAUCCCCAAGAGGCCACAGUGCUGGGUCCUGUACUCGAGGGUGCAAAGGUCAUAGCCACAUACACAGACAAGAUACACACACGUGUUUUUCUUUGCAAUACUUGAAAUAUUGCCACUGUGCUUGGACUCAAAAGAAGAAAAUUACCCGCUGACUUGUUUCUUUAUCACCUUGAUGACUUUAUUUUUACCUUGCUGUGCGUAAUAUGUUGGUAUUUAUUAUUUUGUGGCUGACUGGAAUCCAGAACCACUGGGGAGCUGGUGCUGCUGGGAGCCUUACCUGCUUCCUAGUCCCUUGUUGCUUCUGUUGGCAGCCACGUGAGCCUGUCUGCGUGAGUCUGAGUGGGUUCUGGGUGCCCCAGCCUCACAAACGCUGCCUCCUGGUCGUAUGUUCUCCACGAAAGACCCUUUGUCUAUUUUAAAACAAAUUUUGUGUGAUCCCUGCCCUUUUGCGUUACGUUAUGUAAUACCAAUUUAAGGAAAUAAACUUUUGGAAUUGUU